CACUUCCUUUGUCACAGGCAUUGCUUGUAUUGUUGGUAGCGAUUUCCCCUCUGAGCCGGAAUACUUGACGCGUGUAGGCAGAAAAACAUGAGACAGACUCUGGCGCCUACACAGACGGCAGACAUGAGGGAGCGGAGCUGGAUCGCGCUCGUCCUCUGCCUGGGAUGUGCUCCGUUCUCAAUGCCGGGGGCCAGGAAGACGGGCCGACCCACCACUGAUUUGAAAGGGAGACAGCCAGCAGAAAUAAGAGCAGCAGUUGGAAGCUCGGUUACCUUAAACUGUUCCUUCAUCUACAACGGACACAUGAAGGACGCGAGAUUCGGAAAAUUCUACGCUCAAAAUGGCCGACCAACGAUGAGCAACGAUGAUAUUGUCAAAUGCAGACAACGUGCUUCAAAACAAGGCAAUCUUCAUUGUACUUUUUCCUCAACCAUCACCAACAUCCGCCUAGAGAAUGAAACCGUUUUUUACUGUGAAGUGUCCAUACCAAAGGCUAAACGCAUCAUUAAAGUGACAGGCACUGGCACGGCAGUUACACUUUAUUCUGAGGCCAGCUCUAUCAGAAUCCGGCGCCCCCCGCAGUUUGCAUCAGGAAGCGAGUCAGUGCUGACCUGCGAAGCGUCCGGGUUCUACCCUCGGAACGUUUCGGCGCAGUGGUUCCACGGCGACGCACCGGCGCCGCCCGGCAGCGCGAGGGACGUCAUCGCCGCGGCCAGCGACGGCACCUUCUCCCUGCUCAGCAGCUACGCGUUCCGGGCCCGCGCCCGCGACCACGGGGUGCGGUGCCGCUGCCUGGUCUCCCACCCGACCUGGGCGAGGGGGCGGAGUGCCAACGUCACGCUGGAUGUCGGCUACGGCCCCGGCUUUGUGAACGUGACCUCUGACCCUGGGCCGGUGACACAGGGCUCGCUGCUCCUGCCUGCGGGUUCACCUCUGACCUUCUCCUGCUCGGCGGACGGGAACCCCCGGCCAGAGACGCGGUGGCUGGGGGGAAAUGUAACAGCGCAACACGUGGGCGGGACUCUGCAGCUGGCUGCAGUACGGGAGGAAGACGGCGGAACGUAUUGGUGCUUGGCGAAGAACUUGUACGGAGAGAAGAAUGCCAGCAUCACUCUACUGGUGUCUCAGAGCCAGACGUCACCUGGUAGCCUCAGACUGCUGGCACUUUGUGUCCUGGGAGCUGUUUUGAUGAUUUUCGUUUUUUCCCUUGUCUGCCUUCUCACAAAGAGAAUGAACAGGAGUCCAGCACAUGCACAGACACUCUCAGGUACAGCACAGCUCAAUGCACAGACACUCUCAGGUACAGCACAGCUCAAUGCACUGACACAGGUACAGCACAGCUCAAAGCACUGACACAGGUACAGCACAGCUCAAUGCACUGACACAAGUACAGCACAGCUCAAUACACAGACACUCUCAGGUACAGCACAG